AGAUUUUGGGGGUGGAUGUCAUCGGUGAUCCACAGGCCUGAACGCUGAUCCGACGUCAUGGAGCGGCGGUGGGCGUGGCAGUGUGCCCUGGUCGUCGUGGCCACGCUUAACGCCUUGACCACGGGGGCGGACGAGGUGGCGUUCCGGUCCGACGGUCUGAUCAACAACGUGGUGAUGGACCGGCGCUCGGGCCGGCUGUACGUCGGCGCCGUCAACGCGCUCUACCAGCUGGGCCCCGACCUGCGGCUGGAGUCCCGCAGCGAGACGGGCAAAGCGCAGGACAACCGCCAGUGCACGCCGCCCAUCACGCCCGCCUGCGAGGAGGCCGUGCCCACGGACAACCACAACAAGCUGCUGCUGGUGCACGAGGCCGGGGACGUGCUGGUGGCGUGCGGCAGCGUGUUCCGCGGCCUCUGCUCGCUGAGGAACCUGAGCAGCGUGGAGCAGCUGCUCUACUUCAGCGACACCAAGGGCGAGAAGUCGUACGUGGCGAGCGUGGAGGAGGGCGUCUCCGUGGUGGGGGUGAUGUCGUAUUUCACCAAGGACAAAGACAACUUCACUGUCUUCCUGGUCGGUAAGGGGUACGGCAGCCACGACAGCACCAAGCUCAUCUCCACCCGCAUCCUCCAGGACUACGGCGACUGGGUGGUGUUCGACAGCAUCAUCGAGGCCUCGGCGGUGCAGGCCAACCCCUUCCUGCUGCGCUACCUGCACGACUUCCGCUUCGCCUUCAAGGACGGCGGCUUCGUGUACUUCCUGUUCUCGCGCACGCUGGGCGUCCAGGACACCAAGAACUUCACCUUCAUCUCCAGGAUGUGCGAGAACGACCAUGGUUACUACUCCUACACCGAGCUGCAGCUCAACUGCAGCGGCAACAACAAGUACAACAAAGUGCAGGCUGCCUACGUAGCAACACCAGGGCAGGUUUUGGCUCAGAAUAUGACCCAAUCAGGCGAGUAUGGACCAGUUUCAGCCUCUGACAAGGUGCUGUUUGUCGCCUUCUCUUCUGAUGAAGACCCGUCUACUUCAGCCGUGUGCAUGUACCCUCUUCACGCCAUUAAUCAGAGACUGGUGGAGAUAAUAGGAGCCUGUUACAGCAACAACGGCAUCAUUAAGGGGAAGCCUGCCGUCUACUCGCCUUACUCCUCCAAGUCUGAAGAGCUGUGCAGCAGCAGCAAUCAGGACAUGGCCCUCAAAUACAAGUGUGGAGCCGAGUUCCUGCCCUCCCCGUUGGCCAGCAAGGCCGAGUUGGCCCUAACGUCCGAGCCCUUACUCGACCGGAAGUGUCACAUGACGGCCGUGGCCGUGGCCGUGGAAAUGGAGCACGCCGUGGCGUUCCUGGGCACCGCCACCGGAGAGGUGCUGAAGGUGCAUCUGUCGGCCGUGCCGGACGUGUACGGCCGGGAGCCGGCCGACGUCACGGGAGACAAGGUCAACAAGAACCUGCUGUUGGAUCCCCGGCUCCAACACCUGUACAUCACCACCGAGAAAAAGAUCACCAAGGUCCCGGUCCAGGCCUGCCACCUGAAGACAGACUGCCACUCCUGCGUCUCCAUGAAGGAUCCGUACUGUGGCUGGUGUGUCCUGGAGGGAAAGUGCAGCAGGAAGACGGAGUGCAGCAGGUGGAGGGAGGAGAACACCUGGCUGUGGUCUCCCGGUCAGAAGUGUGUUCAGAUCGAGGCCUUCGACCCCCCGAACAUCAGCUGCAGGAAGUCCCAGCAGGUUGUCAUAACGAUCCCCUCCAUGCCCAUCCUGAACCAUUCGGAUCGGCUGGAGUGCGUGUUCGGCACUUUCGCCAGCGUUGCCGUGGCGAUCCGCGUCGACGGCCGCAUGCAGGUCACCUGCUCGCUGCCCGAGCCCGUGGGGAUCCCCCCCACUCCCCAGCUGCAGGACUACGUGUCGGUCCCAGUCAAAGUUCUGGUAAACGACAAAAUCGAGGUGACGUCUGGACAGUACGACUUCUACAACUGUGCCGCCACAGUCAGGAAGAACCCAAACACACCGUGUAUAGCGUGUGUGAACAGUACGUGGGGAUGUGAGUGGAACACUGAGGAUCACAUCUGCAGUGACAACAGUGACGCUGUAGCUGGGGAACGCAUCGUUAAACCAAAACAGGGACAGAGCUUCUCCAUCGGGACCGAGCUGAUGAAGGACACGGAGGCCAUGGUCACUAAGGAGCAGGGGUCAAAGUUCAAAUUCCCCGGCUACAAGUUUGCCUAUGAGAAGCAGCAGGAGGUGAGCAUAUCGUUCCAUAUUAAAGACAAAAUCACUGAGAGGAAGAUUGACAGCACUCUGACAGUGGUGCUGUAUAACUGCUCCGUGGGACGGGAGGACUGCAGUCUGUGUAAACACGCAGAAGACAAGUACCAGUGUGCCUGGUGUGCAGCCACACACACCUGUGUUUACCGGGAUCUCUGCCCGUCAUCCCAGCCGCAGCCACAGUGCCCCAACCCGGAGAUCACAGACAUCAUCCCUCGCUUCGGCCCUCUGAACGGUCGGAUCUCCGUGACCAUCAAAGGCUCCAACAUGGGAGUAAAGAAGGAAGACAUCAAGCAGAUCACAGUGGCCGGGGUGAACUGUGUCCACCAGGGGGACAGAUACUCCGUCUCCACCAGUGUGGUGUGUGAGAUCGGCCCAGCGAGGAGGAUCCCACCGUCCGACCUCCCCCCCGAAAUCUCCUACAGCGGAGCGGUGGACAUAGAAGUAGAGGGAGGAAGAACAGGGAGGUCUCAGGUCUUUUUCACCUAUCGGGACCCCAAACCGGUCUCCGUCCACCCAGCGAAGGGUCCGGCUGCCGGGGGAACCGUGAUCACCAUCACGGGAGAAGAUCUGAACACGGCGACCAAAGAGGACGUGUCCGUCAGCGUCGGGGGGGUUCCCUGUGAAGUCCUAAAGUUUGACUCCGAGAUCACCUGUAAGACUGGGAAGUACCGAGUGCCCUCGGACCCGCUAACGGUGACGGUGAAAUACGGUAAAAACACCACCAAGGACAUCCCAGCAGCGUUCCAGUACUCCGAAAACCCCAAGAUCACAGAUUUUACCCCCAAGGGGAGCUUCCUUUGGAGGGUCAUGCUGGUCUUGAUGUUGGGACACGGCUGGGUCCUGGGUCCACUCCUUUCAUCUCUCUCUCUCUCUCUCUCUCUCUCUCUCUCUCUCUCUCCCCAGUUUGUGGAGGAGGCCCUGAGUAAGAACGACACCGUCCUCCAGUUCUACUCUCCGUCGGUGAACUGCUGCGUGGACGGCCAGUCCCCCCGGACCCUGGUCCAGCUGGACGACGUGCAGGAGGACCUGAAGGGCUUCGACUACCACCCCAACCCGUCCUUCAACGAACUGGCCAAGAACGUCAUCACCGAGACCAGCAUCAUCAUCGUCACUACACCGGCCGUGGUCUCUGUCCCUCUGCAGGUGAAGUUCGGCCACGGCGAGUGGAUGGUGGGGUCAGUCUACUACGCCAGAAAAGACAACAUCCCUCUGGCCAUCAUCAUCCCCGCCGUCAUCGUUCCCAUGCUGCUCUUCAUCGCCGUGUCCGUGUACUGCUACAGGAGGAAGAGUCAGCAGGCGGAGCGAGAAUACGAGAAGGUGAAACACCAGCUGGACAGUCUGGAGGAGAGCGUCCGGGAUCGCUGCAAGAAAGAGUUCACAGAUCUGAUGAUUGAAAUGGAGGACCACACCAGUGACCUGAGCGAGGCCCGGAUCCCCUUCCUGGACUACAAGGUCUACACCGACCGGAACUUCUUCCUGCCGUCCAAGGACUGCGCCAACGACACCAUGAUCACAGGAAAAAUCCAAAUCCCCGAGGCCCGCAAGGCCAUCGUGGCUCAGGCGCUCAACCAGUUCUCCAACCUGCUGAACAGUAAAACCUUUCUCAUCAACUUCAUCCACACGCUGGAGAGCCGGCCGGACUUCAACGCGCGGUCCCGGGGUUACUUCGCCUCCCUGCUGACGGUGGCGCUGCACGGCAAGCUGGAGUACUACACGGACAUCAUGAGGACGCUGCUGCUGGAGCUGAUGGACGAGCACGUGCAGAACAAGAACCCCAAACUCAUGCUCCGGAGGUCGGAGACGGUGGUGGAGAGGAUGCUCUGUAACUGGAUGUCCAUCUGUAUCUAUCAGUUCCUCAGGGACACCGCUGGGGAGCCUCUAUACAAACUGUUCAAGGCCCUGAAGCACCAGGUGGAGAAAGGGCCGGUGGACGCCAAGAUGAAGAAAGCCAAAUACACCCUGAACGAUACGGGGCUGCUGGGGGACGACGUGGAGUACUCCGUACUGACUCUGCAGGUCCUGGUGCACGGAGAGGGACCAGACGUGACUCCAGUGAAGGUGUUGAACUGUGACACCAUCUCCCAGGUGAAAGAGAAGAUCAUCGACCAGGUGUACAGGAACCUGCCGUACUCGCAGAGACCCGGGGUGGAGAGCGUCGCCCUCGAGUGGCGUCCUGGCUCCACGGGCCAGAUCCUGUCAGACCUGGACCUCACGUCCCAGAGAGAGGGACGCUGGAAGAGACUCAACACCCUGGCUCACUACAACGUUCGAGAUAACGCCACGUUGGUUCUGUCCAGAGUUUUACACACGCAGUCUUUCCACCAGCAUCAAGACAACAACGAAGAGAAAAACGCCCUGCUGGAGGACGACAGCACCUUCCACCUGGUGAGGCCGGCGGAUGAACUCGAUGAAGGGAAGUCCAAGAGAGGCAGCAUGAAGGACAAGUCCAUGACCAAAGCCAUCACUGAGAUCUACCUGACCCGGCUGCUGUCUGUCAAGGGCACUUUGCAGCAGUUUGUGGACGACUUCUUCCGCAGCGUCUUGUGCGCGAGCACCGCCGUCCCUCCCGCCGUCAAAUACUUCUUUGACUUCCUGGACGAACAGGCGCUGAGACACGACAACGUGGACGAGGAGACGCUGCACAUCUGGAAGACUAACAGCUUGCCGAUGCGGUUUUGGGUGAAUAUCCUGAGGAACCCCGGCUUCAUCUUCGACGUGCACGUGACGGAGGUGGUGGACGCGUCGCUGCACGUCAUCGCCCAGACCUUCAUGGACGCCUGCACCAAGACGGAGCACAAGCUCAGUCGAGAGUCUCCCAGCAACAAGCUGCUCUAUGCAAAAGAGAUUUCUACGUACAAGAAGAUGGUGGACGAUUACUACAAGGGCAUCAGACAGAUGGUUCCAGUCAGCGACCAGGACAUGAACACACACCUUGCUGAGGUUUCCAGGCAACACACCGACAAGCUGAACACCCAGUUGGCCUUACAUCAGCUGUACCAGUACGCCAGCAAGUACUACGAUGUGAUCAUCCAGUCUCUGGACGAGGACCCAGCGGCCCAGAACAAACAGCUGACCCUCCGCCUGCAACAGAUCGCUGCCGCCCUGGAGAACAAGGUCACUGACCUUUGACCUGUGACGUCAUGGAGGGGGUCAGGGGGCGGAGCUAACGGCUACUAAAACACACAAUGUUUUCCAUAUAAGGACUCAAAGGAGGACGAGCUCACAGACUCUACCGAAUGUUUGACCGUGUAAGGACCAAAGUGGGAGGGUCUAGUGGAGCGACAGGAAGCUGUUGACCAUAUAAGGACUGAAGGUGUUGGAUUGGGGGCUGGGGGGGUGGGUGGGUUAUGGUAGUCCAGGGGGGGCAAGGAAUGCAAGUUUUGGACAAAUUAAGUGUAAAAAUAUACCAAGAGUUGCUGGUAUCUACCACGGUUGUAUGGUGUACUUCCACUUGGCAUCCCCAAACAAAUACCUAAGGAGGGAUGCCAAAUGGCGACCGUAGUAUGGCUGCAGAUAGGAGCUCGGUGAAAUCAAAGGGUUAUUUUUUACAAUGGUUACUUUGGCGUUUGGUGUGUGAUGUGUGAUUCUCGGACAUAGCUGUCUCUGUGUUUGGCUUCUGUACACCAUUCAUUUUAAUUUGAUUAUAUAAGGAUUGAAGAAAAACAAAUCGCCACACAAGGAAUGAAGGUUUUGGAUAAU